ACAUCGCACGUAUUUUAGAGAUAUCGAUUUACUUAAUCGAUACCAUAAUGUUUUUUCCAGUACCUACAUCCCUAACAGUAUGGCCAACAAACGUCAUUCUUUUUUCGUGCGAGGCUGCGCACGCACGUAUUAUAACCUUAUCGUCGUUCUAAUACCUUAGUGUCGUUAUUUUUCAAAUAUCAUGCCGAAAAGAAAACAUUGUGAUGAUGGUGACAAAAUUGAGCGUUACAAACGCAAAAUCAGAAAACUGGAAGAGAAAUCUCGCCAGAAAGAAACGCGAAAACGUGUCAUAACUUAUUCAUCGUCGGAUUCCGAGAAAAAUUCAGAUGAUGAACAACCGAUUAAGGACGUCGAGGCGGCGGAGUCCGCGGAGGAUUUACUCCCGGACGACCCCGCGCCUGCAGAAGACAGCGCCAAUGCCGACUCUGUUGAGAUUCCCCAACUUGAUCCAGAGAUACUCGCGGCGCUAGGUGAAUCUACGCAAGAUACGCCCAACUUUGGCCCUAAAAUACACGAUAGCUUGGCACAACUGUGGUUGCCAAUAUUACGUAAAGGUCUUGAUAAAGAGGUAAAAGAAAAAUUGCUGAAACAAUUUUUAAUACCUGAAAACUGCCCUCUACUGAAGGCACCAAAAUUAAAUCCCGAAAUAUCGGCAGUAGUACCGGAAGCUAGUAAGGCUCGCGACAAGAGAGUUGAGACCGUUCAACAGCAGCUAGGCCUGGGUAUUACGGCCCUCAAUAAAGGACUGGAACUCCUUUUAGAUGAUGGACAAAAUAGGCUCGAAGCCAUUAAAUAUCUAAGUGACAGUUGCCGACUCCUGUGUGAGGUGCACUUUACGGAGACCGAGGCUAGGAAGAAGUUUGUAACCCCUGGAUUGAACAAGACGUUCUUAAAUAUAGUACAAGAUGUAGAAAGGGAUGAGAUGCUUUUCACCGUCAACAAGCCGUUCUCGUCAGUCGGGAAACUGGUCGAGCCCCCGUUACUCCUCGAACAGAGGGGGGAGGGGGGGAGCAAAACGGACAUCAGCAGCAGGUCGUGGCAGGGGCACGCCAACGGCGACCCAUUCGAAGCAGACCAACCAGAGCAAGCAGCGAGCCACAACGCAACAGCAAUAGAGAACGCGUCAUCCUCUACACCGCAGUCUUACCCUGGGGGCCGCGACGCUCUCAGGCUUGCCCUUACAAGACGGAAAACCCCGGAGGUAGCAUUAGAUCUGAUGCUAGCUUCAGUAUCGGAAAAUACAAUGAAGCAAUACUCCGUUACUUAUAAGUUAUGGUGGCAAUUCUGUCAUAAAAAUAGCAUCAACUUAUUUGAACCUGAUAUUGCAUCUGUUAUUACUUUUCUAGUAGAUCAAUAUAAUAAAGGAUCAUCAUACGGUUCAAUUAAUAGCCACCGGUCUGCCCUAUCGUUACUCGUAGGGAAUAACGUAGGCUCAGACGAACAAGUAAAACGGUUAUUGAAAGGAGUUUACAAACUGAAAACACCUCGUCCCAAAUACAACAGUACUUGGGAUCCGCAAGUCGUACUGAAUCACAUUUCUCAGUGGUAUCCUAAUUUAGAAAUUUGCCUCGAACUGUUGACUAAAAAGCUUGUGGUGUUACUGGCUCUUUGUACAGGGCAUAGAUUACAAACAUUGUCGUUAAUAAAAAUUAACAAUAUUUGUACUUCUUCUUCGGGACUAAAAAUUUUAAUUACUGAUAUAGUCAAAACGUCAGCAGCAGGUCGAGACCAACCGCUUUUGGUUUUGCCAUAUUUUGUGACCAACCCUGCUAUUUGUCCGGCUAAGACCCUCGAGGAUUAUCUCUCGGCUACAGCAAAUUUGCGUCCUGAAGGUACAGAUAACCUUCUAGUGUCAUACAAAAGGCCACAUAAGAAGGCCACAUCUCAGACCAUCGGCCGCUGGAUCAAACAGACGCUGGCGGUGAGCGGCAUCGAUGUUGCCGUGUUUGGCGCGCACAGUACGCGACAUGCCUCCACCUCCGCUGCCGCCACCGCGGGCGUCUGCGUCGACACCAUUCGUAAGGCGGCUGGCUGGACCAGCACAUCGCUAACCUUUGCCAGAUUUUAUAAUAGGCCUGUUAGCGAUGAUGGUGUCUUUGCUCGAGCGGUGGCUGGUGAGACUUCAUCGUGAUUAUAACUUAGUAUAUAUACUCAUUAUACCUAUUCGUAAUUAUUGAAUUAUAAUACCACAAUUUUA